CGUCAAUGCUCUUCUUCGUCGUUUUGCGUGGUGCGUUUAGCUACAGUUGGACUGACUCUCACAAACUACAUACAUAAUGGCUGACCAGUUAACGGAAGAGCAAAUCUCCGAAUUCAAAGAGGCUUUCUCCCUGUUUGACAAAGACGGUGAUGGCACCAUUACCACCAAGGAGCUGGGCACUGUGAUGAGAUCACUAGGACAGAACCCAACAGAAGCAGAGCUGCAGGACAUGAUCAAUGAGGUGGAUGCUGAUGGAAAUGGCACCAUCGACUUCCCGGAAUUCCUGACCAUGAUGGCGCGAAAGAUGCAGGACGCUGACAACGAUCAGGAGGUGCGAGAGGCAUUCCGAGUGUUUGACAAAGACGGCAACGGCUUCAUCAGUGCGGCCGAACUCCGACACGUCAUGACGAACCUCGGCGAAAAAUUAACAGAUGAAGAAGUUGAUGAAAUGAUCCGUGAAGCGGACAUGGACGGAGAUGGACAAGUAAACUAUGACGAAUUCGUCAAGAUGAUGAUGAGUAGAUGAUACCAGGCAGUUGUUCGGGUAUAACAACUGUAUGUAUACAAAGACGAUCCGUCUUCCUAGCGCUUAUCAGCUCUUUGGAUCCUAAAACAGCAAUAUCCAGCAGAUUUGUUCAAUAACGUUUCAGAGCACAUCUGUAAAGCUACAACCGAAUCUUUACAUUAUGAGAUUAAUCUCUACACACGAAGGUUAAAAACUAACAUCGUACCAUCAGUUUUCAUAUACCUUUUGCCAUUUUUUCAUUCUUCAUGUUUUGCAUUCCUACACACUGUUUAUGUCUGGAUAUUGUUGUUAAUAUGUCGUCAUGUUACAAGAGAACACUGGUAAAUGUGGCUUGGGCCGGAAACGUUAUCUCAUUCUUAACAUUUCAUAUUUAUGAUAAUACUCAGUAGAUUUGUGUCAAAGCCAGCCACAAAAUAUGCCUGUAAUAGUAAUAUAGACUGGCGUGCAUAUACUUGCCGUAAUCUUUCGAGCCUCCACGUUCUGCGUUACAAACACCGAUCGUAUCGAUAUAAGCGGGUUUCGGAUUGACACAAACUUUGUCUUAAAAUAUGUAUUGAUUCCAAAUGGUUUAAAGUGCAUUGCGACGUUACGAAAACUUUCAGUACAUUUAUGAAACUUUCCUUCUUCCUGACCGUUCACGUUCCAAGCAUCUUUUGCAGGCUCCAUUGAAAAAGUAAUAUAAAAAUUAUAAGCAAAUAUUCUCCAUAUGUAUCAGCGUCUAUAUGAUUAUUUCAUAUGCGUAGAAGUUAAAUCGACGUGUUUGCACAAUCCAGGCCAAUUAGUCUUACACUGUUAGUACACGUAUAUCUCCUAAUACAGUUUAUAUUUUUUCAUAUUUAAUAAAUUGUUUUACUUUGAA